AUGGGCCAAGAUCUGGUUUCAUUUUCACCCCUCUCCUCUCUCUCACGCCUAACAAAGGGGGUCUCGGCAUACCGAUUCCCAACUUCGUUUUUGCGGGUGAAUCCCCUACAGGCGCAAGAGGUGACUUCUCUGUUCGGGUUCUCUCCCCCAUGCUCUGCUUCAUCCGUGAAUGCUCUGUGGACGCAAGCUGCAGUAGAAGAAAUUUCUGCACCGACCCUAUCGAUAGAUCUGGUCCCGUAUGUGCCCCUCUCCCCUCGCUCACUCCUAGCAAAGGGGAUCUCAGUGUUUCGGUUCAGAUCUGCGCUGCUGUGGGUGAAUCCCGUGCUGUCGCAAGAGUCAGCUUCUUUGUUCAGAUUAUCGCCCCCAUGCUCUUCUUCAUCCGUGGAUGCCCUUCGGGCGCAAGCUGCAGCAAAAUAUGUUUGUACUCCGACCCUGUCAACAGCAUCUCUUGUCCCGGUCUGCUUCGGGAUGAGGGGCUUUUGGUCGAAAAUAAACCUGUUGCGGUCUUGCCAUAUACUCCACAAGGUCGAUGCAAUCUGAUUAAACUUUGAGGAACUUUUUGGA